GGAAGAGGUGAAGCUAUACGUGUCGGCAAUUUUGAGUAAAAGUACAUCCAGAGUGGGAUGAUGUGCCCAAGAUGGAGAAGUGACGGCGUGAAGUCGUGAAGUUAUGAGCCGCAUAAGCAAGAAGAAUAAGGAUAAACAUAUCAUCAUACCUACUGGAGACUCACGGCACUCAGUUGCAUAUAACCUCAAUCCCCCCCUUCGAACUCUCUUCACAUAUAGUUCAUAGACAUCGCCCUCAUCAGUAUUCAUCCUUGACCACAGCCCCCUACAAUUCAACAACUCAGUCUGUCAGAACUCUUAACAAACACCGAGCCAUCACAAUGAAGUGGCAGACAUUGGUCUUCAACCUCCUCAGCUCUACCACCCUCGCGAGUCCAGUAUACGUAGAACCCUCAGCUCCCUCUCCUGUUUACACCCUUCGUAUCUCCGGCGGCGGCCCCGACCUAGACGCCCACUAUCUCAGCGCCCCCGGCUCCAUCAUCGGGGUCUUCCCCGACACAGACAACAAUCCCAUCAAGUUCUACGCCGUACCCAAUAAAGGCACCGGGCUCGUCGAGCUGCACAACUGGGCUGGCAUUUCUUACCCCGGCUCGCCUAACACCUCAAAGACCAAAGCCAUCGCUUUGGUGGGCAAUGCCCGCACGGGAUUGAUGGACCUGACAAGCGUGGAGGAUCCGGCGGUCAUCUGUGGUGACAGCGAUGGCCUCAACUGCGAGUGGACGAGCUUUACGCUUAACCAAGGCGCGCCGAUCGAGGGCAAGCCGGCCAAUACUGUGAGUUAUGCGGAGCCGGGCAGGUGGGUGGCGUUUAAGAGUUCGAAGGCGGAAAGGGGUGGGUGGGUUGUUAGGUGGAAGUAUCCCCAGGCUACCACCACUCAGGACUUUGUGCCGGUUGAUCUUGUGUAUGAACCCAUCUUCACCAUUGCGGAUACGGCGAAAUCAUGAACCUCGUACGGAACCCGAAGCGGUGAUGAUACUGAAAAUAGUUGGAAGUGAGGCCGGAAGUGCCGGUAAUUGCUGCGAGAGGUUACCGCGGGGAUGGAGAUAAUGAUCCAUUGCGUUAUUCAGUACUUGUCGUUCUCUUCCAAAUAUCCCUAUUACCUGAAAAUUUUGUCAAGU